UAUAUGUAAAAGUUUUAUUUUCCGAUCAGGUAUUUGCCAAUUUCCCAAGUUUUUCAAGCCACUCGUCUGUUCCUUGCUCCUUUUUCAAUUUGUCUAUGUUACCAACAUCCUUCCUAACCUCUGGAACAGUAAGAAGUAUGUUACCCUGUUUUCUUCUCUGCAGUUGUGCUCGUCUCCACAUCAUGCAUUGUAGCUUCUUUCUUUUGUUGCCAGGUUACAUCGGGUUGAUCCGGUGGUAGGGCACCUUCCACAUUUCCUAUGAUAAGAUCAUAAAGUGGCGUUUCUGGGACACAUGCAUCUUUAGUUCACCGAAAAUAGGGUGUAUCUAGGUCUUUUUCCGCAAUAUGAUCAAAGAAACGCGACCCCUCAGCUAAUGUACAAAUCUAGGUUCGAUCCGUUAGUUUGCCUGAGUCGAGCAGUUCCUUUCUAAUGACAACUCUACCGCAACCUGAGUCCGUCAGAACGGAUACUAGUUUUCUUCCCACACAACCUCUAACAAUAGGCAUACCGGUUGAUCCGAUACUCCUGAUAUUUCAUAAUACACUCAGUUUAGGUAUUUCUGUGACCUUGGCCUUGCAAUCAAAAGACAAAUGUCUUAUUUUUUUUCACAGGUAUAACAGCGUUUCUCCCUUGUAGGUACUGUAGCUACAAGAGUUGUGUCCUUUCCGGUAUUAUUCAAACCUGUAUUUCCUCCAAACCUCGUAACUUUGGACACGAAUAAGUGGACUUUCAUUCCUCUUUCUUUAGCAAGAUGAUCUGCCAGUUUUGACAUCUCCUGUACCGACGUAGGAAAUAUCUUCUUCAGGAAUGGCGUCAGACUUUAAAUGCAGUAAUGUAGUACAUGUAACUGAUCCCUGAGAAUAGGUCUUUAAACGCCACAUACGUCUUCUCCGUCUUGAUCAUUUCGAUCCAUAUCUUGAGAUAGCUACCAUUUUAGAUUCGGCAACAACGCAUAGUGAUCUGAGGUGAUAUGACGGGAAUUUUAUUAAAUCAUUAAAUUAUGAAAAAUAUGAACCCUGUUCCUGCUUAAUUAAAAUAGGUACGUAAAGGAGUGUUUUCAUUUUAUAAAUGUUUGCAAUGUGGAAUUUUGUCGCAUAUGAUUUUCUAGACAUCCUAGUGAUAAAAUGAUCCAUAUCAAGUAUGUCAGAUUGAUGUGUUGCUUCGCGUUCUUGGAUAAGUUUUCGUAACAAACAGUAAUAAACAGAUAAUCUAAUAGUGUCUUCAGUAAAAUACUAUCAAUCAUAAUUUAUUUUUGAAAACAUAUCAUAUCCAAGUGCACAUAACUACUUGGUCGUAUUCUCCUCGAAGUUAUCUAGGGUGCCCAUCUAAAUCUUUCCUUUUUAUCAUAUUUGUCAUUGCUUCAUUGAUUUUGACAUCAACAUACCGUUUUGUUCAAAACGUUGGUAUAGCCUCUUUUUUAUUCUGAAACCUACCAACCAAUAUAACAUAUACAGUACCAGUUAUUCAGGAUACUUUAUGACAUCUGAGUAUGCUUGCUCUUGUAGUGUGUGAAGCCGGUUUUUAUGGAAGUCAGUGUUUACAGUCGUGUGGCAGUUGUCAAGGUGUGAGUUGUGACAAGGACACUGGAGAUUGUACGACAGGGUGCACAGAUGGAUGGACUGGAGACGAAUGUGACAACAAGGUGGUACUUAUAACGAAUGGGGACUCCACAGUCGGAAUAGGCGUCGGAUCCGGAGUGGUUAUACUGGUUCUGGUCAUCGUGAUCAUUGUACUGGUCAGACGUCGCACGAUGACGCGCGGCGACACCACAAGUUCUUCUCAUAUGACAGAUAUAUCAUUGUCGAGAACUGCAAACGAGCUAAAACAAAAUCAAGAUAAUUCCUACGACGAAAUAGCAACGUACAACAAGGAACGAACCACUGCGCAGAUUUCACACGAUGAGGCAAAUUAUGAACAGCUUGGACGCAGGGAGGUGGAAAUUCCAAAUGUAUACGAGACAACAGAUUUUGACAAGGAAACAUAGGGAAAUGCUUCUUGUAAAAUGGACAUUCAACACAA